CGAAGUCGUGUGAGUUUAGAGCUUAAGUCUCGACCCGUGACAAGUGGUAUCAGAGUCAGUCUUAAACCGUUCGAUCCAUAUCAAGCACCUUGAGGGAAGUAGGUAGGAUAGUUAGCUUUCGUAAUAAGAGCGUCACGAGAUUGGGUGGGGGAGAAUGUCACUAACUUAAGAAGGAGUCUUGAAUCUCACAUCGGACAUAAAAGAAAGAUUACUAAAAUAUAAAAAAGGUUCAUAUUAUUUUUUUUUGUGACAUUUUUGGUAGGAUAAAACUAUGAGGUUAGGGGGAUAGAGCAAAUAAUCCCUCAUAAAAGUAUGAAUCAUAACAGGUAGAUUGAUUUGAAACGUCGGAUGUGUGGGUGUGUGGGUCCUAGAAUUAGACUGAUCAGAGCUUAAAUUUCGACUCAUGAUACUAGCACUCUUGGCUGGUUUGACUGUUAUCAAGCCAUUGACCAGGAAAGCAAAGGUCCUCAUGUUGGACUCACUUUGCAAGAAAGUAUGAGUAAGAUUUUUUCCAUCACAGGGAGGCGAGUUUGCCUUUGUAGUUUUUUUUCUAGCUAACAGGUCGGUAAAUCAAUGGUGUAACUAGUCUCUUUAUGAAGUCUUCUGUCAUCCUGAAGCGGGCUAGGAGUGCUGCUUAUUGUUGUGGUAAUGUCAAUGGCAUUAACCCCGCUGCUUAAUGAAGUUGGAAGAAGGGCUGCUGAUUUCAUUGAUGACGAGUUCGAUGCAGAUGUAUGUUCGUACUAGUAGUAUUUCAUUUUUGUCUCAAUAUUUUAUUCUUGUUGGGAUUUUAAUUUAUUAUGUUUAAGCGACCAGCUAGUUCUGUUAGCUGAACCAUUUUUGUAUUCAAAACUUGAUUUGAGGCUACUAUCCUAGUUCUUUUGGCUGCUAAGAGUUUCAUUCUUAGUUUUACAAAACCGCAUCCCCCAUUUAUGUUUAUUGAAUAUAAAGCAAAGGAGUAAUGAUUCUUGUUAGUCAUUUUCAUUCUCCAAGCUGAUCUUCAUGUUGGAAGUUUUUGUUGCUUUGACAAAAUGAAGAGCAAUAGUGUGUAGCAGUGAUAAAAGGGAAAGCUAUUUUUCAAUCCUUCUCGUUGGCCAUGAUAAAGGGAAAGCCAGUUUUAAAGGCAACAAAGUGGACAGCAAGCGAUACAAUUUCCCUCGUUUGGUGGAUGGAAGAACAAAACAAAUGGAGACAAAAAAUAUCCAACAUGCCUCAGAAUCGGUAAUCCUCGGGAAGAAAAAAUAAACGGAGAGUAAUCCCCGGAGAAAAAAAAUGGAGACAAAAAUUAUUCCAAUUGCCUCUGCUGGAGAAAGAAAUAAUUACAGCUGAGCUGCAGAAUCACUGAUCCCGGCGAGGCUUGAACUCGCGACCUUCGGCUCAUAAGACCAACGCUCUAACCGACUGAGCUACGGGAUCAGUUUUGAUAUUUUGUUUCUUCUACUCUGAUCAAAAUGGCAUGCUAGAAAAUUGAAAUGGCCCAUUUUCUCUUGUUCUAUAAAAGCCCAAACAGUUUGCGAAGGCUCCUGAGUUGUAGCUCACAUGCCACUAGACUUUCGCCAAACCGAAGUAACCAAAACUGCAAGAUUAUUUGUUUGUUGUUAUCAACUACCAUUCAAAGCCGAGUCAGGACUGGUCAGAAAUCCACUUAAAACAAAACAAAAUUCUAUAAAUAUCAAUGGCGGAUUUUAAGUUGAUGAAACAACAACAAGCUCCUUCUGCAGAGCCAAAGGCUUCCAUAGAUAAUGAAAUGGCGAGGAAUUCAGUGUCAUUAUCAGUUCCUGAGCCUUCCUGGUUCACACCCAAAAGGUUGUUGGUUAUCUUUUGUGUUAUCAACUUGUUAAAUUAUGUGGAUCGUGGAACAAUAGCAAGCAAUGGUGUUAAUGGGAGUCUUGGAACUUGCACAUCCAGUGGUACAUGCACUUCUGGUAGUGGAAUACAGGGUGAAUUUAACUUGAAUAAUUUCGAAGAUGGAGUUAUGUCAUCUGCAUUUAUGGUUGGACUUCUUGUGGCUUCUCCCAUAUUUGCAUCAUUAGCAAAGAGUGUUAAUCCUUUUAGACUUAUUGGAGUUGGAUUGUCAGUAUGGACUUUGGCUACAACUGGUUGUGGUUUUUCAUUCAAUUUCUGGUCCAUCACAAUCUGCCGCAUGCUAGUUGGUGUUGGUGAAGCUUCAUUUAUCAGUCUUGCAGCUCCUUUCAUUGAUGACAAUGCCCCUGUCACUCAGAAAACAGCAUGGCUAGCAAUAUUUUACAUGUGUAUACCAACUGGAUAUGCAGUCGGCUAUGUUUAUGGUGGACUAGUUGGCACUCAUUUAAAUUGGCGUUUUGCAUUCUGGAUGGAAGCCAUUGUGAUGCUUCCAUUUGCUAUUCUGGGUUUUAUUAUGAAGCCUUUGCAGUUGAAAGGUUUUGCUCCUGCUGAGUCUAAAAAAUCACCGAUCAACGUAGAGACAGCUGUACCAGAAGUUCAAGUUUUGAUGCUUGAUGAAUAUACAGAGGCUUUCAAUGUUAAAGGUAGUGCAAAAUCCAUUAAGGAAGAAUUCAGCCACAUGUUUUCCAAGAUGAAAUGUGCACCCAUUAAUUUGAAUCAGUUUUCAAGAUUUCUCAAAGACAUGAAAGCACUCUUGGUUGAAAAGGUUUACGUUGUCAAUGUUUUAGGUUAUUGUGCAUACAACUUUGUUAUAGGUGCAUACUCUUAUUGGGGGCCCAAGGCUGGUAAAAAUAUUUACAAUAUGAGUGAUGCAGACAUGAUAUUUGGAGGAAUAACCAUUGUCUGUGGAAUAUUGGGCACACUAGCAGGAGGCUACGUUCUGGAUUUCAUGAAUUCCACAAUCUCAAAUGCUUUCAAGCUUCUCUCAGUAACAACAUUUGUUGGGGCUAUCUUUUGUUUCACUGCAUUCUGUUUCAAGAGCAUGUAUGCUUUCCUAGCUGUUUUCUCAGUUGGUGAAUUACUGGUCUUUGCCACCCAGGCUCCUGUAAAUUACAUAUGUCUCCACUGUGUUAAGCCAAGUUUGAGGCCAAUAUCUAUGGCUAUCUCUACUGUUUCAAUUCACAUCUUUGGCGAUGUCCCUUCUUCACCGCUUGUGGGGGUCCUCCAGGACCGUGUCAACAAUUGGAGAGAAACUGCCCUUAUUCUAACAUCAAUUCUGUUUCCAGCAGCUGGAAUAUGGUUUAUAGGUAUAUUUCUGCAUAGUGUGGAUAGAUUCAAUGAAGAUAGUGAAGGACAAGUCACUGAAGUUGACAGAUCAAAUACCACACCUUUGCUACCCGAAGUUGCAGAAACACGAUACUCUUCUGCUUGAACCUUGAUACUCACUUCUCAUUUGUAUUAUUUUCUGCUUUGAUAUUUCUUAUACGUUUGUAAAAGAGUUACAACUUUUUUGUAAAUGCAAAUUGUUGUAUAUCCAUAUUCCAAGAUUACAAGA